GUCUUAUCCACCGUCAACUCCAAGGAACGUUUGCCAAAGAUUGUUAGCUCCCAAGAAACCUCCACAAAAAAUGAGAAAAUUUCACUUCGACGGUAGUCAAUUUCCAGGUUUCUAUGCUAUCCAGCCGAACAAAUCCAGAGGGUGGCUAUGUGUCAACGUUGUCAUCAUAUAUUAAAGGGAUUGCCUAUAGUCGGCCGCUUAUGAAAAUCAUGUCGGACAUCUUGAGAAAUGGACAGUGCUGUGCUACUGCGGCGAUCAAGAUGCUCACACGGUGUGUCGUUGUCUUUCUAUUUGUCUGUGUGGAAAUAGCAACAGGAACGCCGCCUCCUAAUCCGCCGACGUUCUAUCCGAACUUGCCGAUGGGAAACUACAAAUACAAAAUUAAGGCUGUGCAACACUGCGACAACCCUGAAAAAUACAAAAUACAGUUCAACCUAUACAUCAGCAAGAAAAGUCCCACCGAAAGUUAUCUCAUGGGUAAUCUGACGUUUUUGAUUCCACUCGACGAUACGCUUUCGCUUUUCGUUAAUAUGGCUGUAAAAGGAUCGAUUGGAGGCUGGAAAGAAAAUGCUCACGUUUACCAAUCGCCCGCGGCCUGUUCAAAAGUCAGGUGGUUGAUUGGAAAUAUAUUCGACACAUUAACCAAAGAGUUCCACGUUCCGGAAAAAGGGUGUCCAGCUAAGGCGGGCGUAUUCGUGACACCGGGCUUUGACUUGGACAAGUUUAAAGACAAUAACUUUCCAAAGACAUUUUUCUACGGCGAGUAUAAAAUGAAGUUUAGUUUCAAAAACAAGGCUGGCGAAAUUGUCGGGUGUACCAGCUUUCAAGUAGAUGUCAUUCGUCCGUGGGAAGAUUAGCUGUUCAACUAUUAGCAAAUUUUAUAAAGUUGAAAACA